UAGGCAGCCGAGCACAUGGUUUUGUAUGUUAGCCCACUGGGAUAAAGGACCCUUGCUUCACACAGCUCGCGCCUGCGUGCUCUUAUUACCAUCAGGUGAAUUUCAGAGCGAACAGGAAUAUAAAGAGCGAGAAAAACAGAGCUCAAACUCACAUGCUGAAGGCUGAUUAAACUGCUGUCAGAAUGUACUGAAACCUCAGGAGAAUCAGAUUACCUUUAAAAACCAGUUGCCUUUUUGUCGUGUGGACCUCAGUGCCUUCAUCAUGUCGCUGUUCACACACGUGUUGGCCUGCCUCUUUGGCAUUGGAUCAUGGGUGGCCAUUAAUGGGAUGUGGGUGGAGCUACCUCUGAUCGUCCCCUCCAUUUCUGAGGGUUGGCACCUGCCCUCUUACCUCACAAUCAUUAUCCAGAUGGCCAACAUCGGGCCUUUUUUCAUCACGCUCAUGCACCGCUUUAGACCGGGCGUGCUGGACGAGCGGCCCGUUAUCUACACGAUCAUAACGGUUGGUGUGGUGGCCACCUUCCUCCUGGCGUUCCUUUGGAACCGCACUCUUACUUUUGGAGGAGGCGAACACAGUGCUGCCCUACUGUCCCUCAGCUUCCUGCUGUCUGUGGUGGACUGCACCUCAUCCGUCACAUUUCUACCCUUCAUGAUGCGUCUACAGCCUCGGUACCUCACCACCUACUUCAUUGGAGAGGGUCUAAGCGGCCUGGUCCCAGCGCUGGUGGCUCUUAUCCAAGGCGUAGGGGUGGUCCACUGUAAAAAUGCCAGUGCUAAUGCGAACGUUAGCAUGGGGAACUCAUCCUGGGGCUUCGAUGGAGAACUGCAGGCACACUACCAGCCGGCAAACUUCUCCGCUCAGGGUUUCUUCCUGUUCCUCAGUGCGAUGAUGAUGGUGUGCCUGGGCGCUUUCUUGUUACUCAACUUCCACCCAGCUGUGGCUCGGGAACACAAGAGCAAAGGUUAUAUUGAUGAUUCUCAGCGGGUGGAGAAGAUUGACAUAAGCCAAUCCCCAAACAGUGAAACUCCAGAGCAAAGGCCCAUGUUGGAUUUCCCAGAAGGCCCGGUGAUAAAACGACGCAGUUCAUUUGGAAAAGGAACCUGCAGCAGAAUAGAGCUAGUCUUCAUUUUUGUAGUUCUGGCCUGGGUCAAUGCAUUGACCAAUGCAGUCCUGCCCUCUGUCCAGUCUUACUCCUGUUUGCCAUAUGGAAAUCAGGCCUAUCAUCUUGCAGCCACUUUGUCUUCAGUAGCCAAUCCAGUGGCUUGUUUCAUUGCCAUGUUUGUACCAAUCAGGUCUCUGGUGCUGAUGGGGGUUCUGACAGUGACCGGCACGGGGUUUGGAGCAUAUAUAAUGGCCAUGGCAGCACUAAGCCCUUGUCCUUUGCUGAUCAAUCAUGACCUAGGAGCAGCACCCAUCGUCAUAACCUGGAUCAUAUUUGUCCUCACUUUGUCCUAUGUGAAGGUGAUUAUUGGAGUGAUCCUGCGAGAUGAAGGCCACAGCGCCCUCGUGUGGUGUGGAGCUGUGGUGCAGCUGGGCUCUAUGUUAGGUGCCCUGUCUAUGUUCCCUUUGGUUAGUGUCUAUAGACUUUUCCAGUCAGGAGAUCCCUGUAAUACCAAGUGCCCUAAAUAAAAGCAAUCAUUAUUCUGAUAGAUUCAGAGUAAAACACUAAGGUGUUAGUGAACCAGACUGAAUAAUACACAGAUGUAUGACCACACACUUUUUCAUGAUGCCUUUAUUUUUAACAUUUACAUAGAACCCAAAUUCCAGCUACUGUAUUGUUUCAACAAAUAUUUUUCCUUUUGGUUCUCAUAUAGUUCAUAGUACUGUUACAUGAUGACAAAACAAGCUUCAUAAUCUUCUGUAAUAUCUGGCACUGACUUAUAGUUACAGUGUAACUUGUCAGUUAUGAUAUUUAUGUUAUGUCAAUGUUAUACUUGAUAUGUAGUGUUUUUAUUAUCGUAUUGAACUGUUGCUGAAGUCUGAGAUCAUGUUUUUUUUUUUUAAGAAUUGGAAAAUAUUUAU